UGCACGCAUCUACAGGAGUCAUGAAGUCUUUCCAAGGCGUAUCUGGGCCUCGCGUCCUCCCGCCCAUCGUCAGUGCCAGGGAUAAGAGGUUUCUGACCCGCACUGAGGAGUAUAUAAAGUCGGAGGUGGAGAAGCUAUCUGCUGCGGGUCAGCUUGAUGCUGAGCAACGCUAUAUCAUCUAUGGACAAGCUUUUGAUAAGGUGAUUGAUUAUUGCACCGACUAUAAACGCCUUCUCGCUGCGAUCAAACAAGAGUACGAUGAGUUUAUUGAUGCCACCAAGCAAGGAGAAAUCAAUGCCGUUCAUGUCCAUGCAAGGGUGAAGAGACUGGCCUCCGAACCCACCACACUAAUGUAUUACAGGAAGCGGGCGGCGGAGCUGGGAGACAGAAUUGAUAAAAUCAAUAAAGAUUCCAGCAGAAUUGAAAAUGAAUUACAGAAAUUGUUGGCUGAAAAGAGGGUAAUGACCCCUCCAGUAGAAGAGGCAAGCCCCCCACGAGAUGAAAUAAACCCCGCAGCUCUGAUUCCAGGUAUGACAAUAGAAGAUUCUCUGAACAUGGACGCCCUUAUAAAACAGCAGCAACUCUUAGAAGACAAGAAGUGUGCAUUGAAGGCUGAUAUGAAAACCAAGUACGUCCCCAUCCGGAGGAAGCAGGACCUGGAUAUCAAGCUCAGCAUUGCUUUACAGGACAGAGAAGAAGUCGCCCUAAUCAACCAGGGAUUGCUGGACAGUUACAGAAAGAAAAGAGUUAUUGCAGACACAAUUUCCUCCUGGGCAAAAUCAGACAAAAGCCUUUCUCUUUAUGAGACGCUCGCGCAAAUCAUAGCAAAAGAAAAUGAAAUAAAAGAGGACACUUCUUCCACUAAUGUGUUUGAGGAUCUGGAUCCACGGAAGAGCCAGGAAGCAGAGGCUUUGCUGGAAUAUGUUGAGAGAUUUAAUGAGCUGUUUGUUACUGGUCAGUACAAGACUGCUGCAGCCUACGCCGCACACAGUCCCAGAGGAAUCCUCAGGAACAUGGAGACGAUGGAGAGAUUCAGAGCUGUUGUGGUCGGUAAGGAGGAUGUUUCUCCAUUGAUGAUGUUUUUCGAAGCUCUGAUGGAAUCCAGCAGCUUAGCCAAGCACCCUGUUAAUGCAGCUCUCACGCUGGAAGCCAUUAAGUGCGCUCUCUCCUAUGAUAAGAUAGAGCUUGUUGUUCACUGGGUAACUCAACAAAGGAUAACAUUUUCUGAAGCUCUGGGGGAUGUAAUUUGGGAUUACGGCGAGAGAGAGCCAUACCACAAGGUCACAUGCCUGGCGUUGGCUCAGCUAAUCUACCGAAAAUGCUCCUGCCUCCGGAAGGCUGCUCUCUCUAUGUGUGUACAAGGUCAAAUCCAAGGGGCCCUUGACUACACCCAUCAAAGCAAACGCUUUUUAUUAGAUGACUACUUGUUCUUGCUUAAGAAAUGCCCCACUACAGAACUCAUCAAUGGAUUGACCAAAGAGUGGAAUGGUAAACCGGCGGCACUGUCUGUUGGGCAGGCUGUCCUGUCCCUGCUCUGCACUGAUCAUAAGGAGUAUGGAUUCCAGCUGUUGGAGAGCAUAUAUCAGUGUGGAGAAGCUGCUUUGGAGCAAGUCAUCCUCAAUGAUGUCGUCUGUACCCCAGAAGGAUGGGUGGAAAUUGCAGAAGAAUGUUCCAGCAAUGACUACAGACAACUGUCAGAGAAGAUCAAGUCUAUUGUCAUAUCACAAGAUGGAGUUGUGGAGAUUUCGUCCAAGGAUGAGGAUGCAAAAAUUAUGGAGCAUGUGUAUAUGUAA